GUAAACGUAAUAUAUACGCUUAUUGCACGCAACCAAUUAUGAUCCAAAGAUCUUAUAUUCAUCGUGAAGCAAAGUUGUCUUUGAUCGUAAGGUAAUAAAAGUAUGGGAUAAAACGAUAUCAUCCGAUGAUUGCUUUCUAUAAAAAUAUCGUAAAUACGUUUUCGUAGUAGUUACGGGUACCGUCGUUUUGAUAGUAGCGCCUCGUUAAUUCUAGUCGAAUCUACAGCUGUUGAUACGUAAAUUGUUGGUACGAUAAGUGUCAGUGAAUAUUUUGUCCAAGAGCAACCUUGGGUUGGAAAAAAUAACCGGUGCAAAGAUGCGGGAGGCUGGAAUAAUGCUAAUAAGUUCAGUGCUAACGUGCGCUGUAAUAGGCAAUGCUUAUUAUCAAAGAAAACAGUUUUACCCAACAGUAGUUCACAUAACCAAAUCCAACUCCAGUAUGACGGUAAUCUAUGCGCAAGGUUUAAUUUUAGUGUUUAUGAUAAAUGCUUUUUUGCGAAAGAUAUUUUUUGGUACACUACGUGCUGCUGAACUUGAGCAUUUAUUGGAAAAAAUAUGGUAUGCGGUAACUGAAACUUGUCUAGCAUUUACAGUGUUUAGAGAUGACUUCAGUCCCAAAUUUGUAGCAUUAUUCACACUUCUCUUAUUUUUGAAAUCGUUUCAUUGGUUGGCAGAAGAUCGUGUAGAUUAUAUGGAAAGAAGUCCAGUGAUAACAUGGUUAUUUCAUCUUAGAGUUGCUAAUUUAUUAGGUCUUUUGUUUGCUAUAAACGUAACUAUGAUUCAUUACGCAUAUAAUACAACAGCCACUAAAGGUCCUUCUGUACAACUUGUAUUUGGUUUUGAAUACGCUAUUCUUUUAACUGUUGUGUUUAAUAUCACUGUAAAGUACAUACUACAUACGAUAGACCUACAAAGUGAAAACCCGUGGGACAACAAGCCAGUAUUUCUGUUGUACACAGAAUUAAUAAUUGGAUUAUUGAAGGUCAUUUUAUAUGUUGCUUUCGUCACCCUGAUGAUCAAAUUGUAUACUUUACCCUUGUUUGCACUUCGUCCAAUGUAUUAUACAAUGCGUGACUUUAAAAAAGCUUUCUAUGACAUUGUAAUGUCUCGUCGAGCUAUUAGAAACAUGAAUACACUAUAUCCAGACGCGACAGCAGAAGAAUUGGCAGCUGCUGAUAAUGUUUGUAUAAUAUGCAGGGAGGAGAUGGUUGCAGCAAGUAAAAAAUUACCCUGCAAUCAUAUUUUUCAUACUGCUUGUCUACGUUCUUGGUUUCAACGUCAGCAGACUUGUCCCACCUGCCGUUUGAAUAUAUUAAGACCAGUUACCAAUAACCAAGAAACUAGACAGCAGAAUCAGCCACAGGCAGGACCACAAGCGCAUCAAGCUCCACGUGCUCGAAGAUUCAAUCCAAUAGUUCGUGUUUUACCAGCACUUUGGGCCGGAUUACAAGCUCCGGGAGCUGCACCGCAACAACAAGCCCCGGGAGCCCCACCGCAACAACAAGCUCCAGGAGCCGCGCCGCAACAACAAGCUCCGGGAGCAACACCGCAACAACAAGAUCAAAAUAAUGCUGGAAACACUCCUUCAACUUCAUUCCAGAAUUUAGCAGCUGGCGGUGUACCAUUAUUCCCACCGCCAUUUCCAACUAUGGUACCAUUACCUCCUAUUCCUACACCACCACCUAAUUUAACCGAAUUGAGCGAAGAGGAACUUAGAGCAAUGGAGGGUAAUUUGCGGCAAGCCGUUGAAGCUAGAAUACAAACGCUACAAAGAGUCCAGCUUCUAUUGGAUGCUGCCCGUGCAAUGAUGAAUCAUUAUCAAACAGCAGCUGCUACUGCUAAUAUUCCAGUACCAACCGCUACAAGCAAUAUAAAUGUCGCGUCAGAUGUUUCUUCAAUGACACAACCAGGAACAUCAAAAGAGACAUGCUCUGGGGUCGAGAACGAGCAUCCACAGGCUCAAGCCGAGAUGAAUGUUCCUACUAUAAAUACUUCCAGUGAAAGUACGAAUAAUCUAUCAGGCACAAAUAGUAACGAUAUAGCCCCAGAAUCGUCAAUUAGAAAUGAGGUGGAUUCUUCGAGCGAGCAGGAAAUGUUACGGAGACGUAGGCUACAAAAAUUUUCAACUCUGCUCACAACAGAGUAAAUGUUCGUAAAAAUUAUGUGAUAACUUGUAUAAUGUACUAGUUUGUACCUUGAUUAAUGACUGGCCUGGUUUGCAGAUAUAAUUAAUAUUUGAGGAAUGUAUAAUGAUUAUGGUGAAGAGCUUGGAAAUUCAAGUUCAAAGGCAGAAAUUUACAUUAUAAUAUCAAUAAUCCCAAGUGUAUCAGAUAAUGAUUUAACAAAAAGUUAUACGACGAAUUUAUCGUUUUUUUUUUAUGUAAACUAUUUUAGAAAGAAUAUAAACAGGGAAAUUAUAGUUUCAUCAAAUAUUAUAUGUACCUUCAAAGUACCCAAUUAGUUUGUGCGUGUAAUAUAUCCUUUACACAAUGGUACAAAUUUCUCCAAAGUUGUUUGCAGAAUAACUUUUGUAUUCAUUAAAUUGUUUCUGUACUCUUUGUCUAAAAGUUAUUCAGAUUUCUCAUUUUCAGUCCCAACAAUUUUAUAUUAAAAAUAUAACAUAAAUUUGUCUUAUAGGUCUUUAUUAUUUUACGUUCACAUU